CGUGCUUCAGUAGUUGAACAUCAUUUUAACAUACGUGUCUAAUUAAUGACACAGUGAUCUCAAUAAAUAAAAUUACCACAUAAUUGCAGUAUUUUUUGUCGAUACUUUAGAUCUAACUUACAAUUAUUAACAGUGCUCACCCAUCUAUUGAUUAAUCCGGUCCAGAAUGUGCGGCAUCUGGGCAAUAUUCGGUCUGGACGUCGGCUUGAACCCCGAGUGCGUGCGAUGCCUGUCAGCCAUCGCGCACCGCGGGCCGGACGCGUGGCGUCUGGACCAGGACGCUCGAGACCCUCACGCUCUACUCGGCUUCCAUCGCCUGGCUAUAGUGGACGGGCUACACGGCAUGCAGCCCAUGCGGCUCCACCGCUACCCGCGCGUCACGCUCAUAUGCAACGGCGAGAUCUACAACUACAAACGCCUGCAAGCGCAGUUCGACUUCCCUUACGAGACCAACUGCGAUGUUGAAGCCAUCAUCCAUGUGUACAAGAAGUUCGGGAUUGAUGCUGUGAAGCAGCUGGAUGGGGUUUUCGGAUUCGUUUUGGUGGAUGGAGAAGCGAAAAAGAUCUACGUGGCGAGAGACCCGUACGGCGUUCGGCCGCUGUUUAGGUUGGUCGAUGAGAAGAAUGGUGUGCUUGGCCUGUGCUCCGAAGCUAAAGGAUUGGUGGGAUUGAGGACCAAGACAAGUGAAGGCGCGAUACUGGAACAGUUCCCUCCGGGACAUGUCCAAAUGUGGAGCUUGUUGGAAGACGGGAAAGUGAAGCUGGACCAAACGGAGCAGUACUUCACUCCGGGAACACCGCCCCGGUUCGUUCCUUUCGUUGCGGAGUCUGAAUUGGAAAACAUGGACGUUUACGCGAAAACUGCUUUUCUGCUAGAAGCUGCUUGCAAGAAGAGGCUUAUGUCUGAGAGAAGGAUUGGCUGCCUGUUGAGUGGUGGACUAGACUCUUCGCUCAUCACAGCGCUCGUCGUUAAACUAGCCAAGGAAAUAAACCUCCCUUACAAGAUUCAGACCUUCGCCAUAGGCAUGGGAGAAUCACCAGACUUGAUUGCCGCUAGAUCAGUGGCCGACUAUUUGGGCACCGAGCACCAUGAAGUCAGAUUCGACGAAAACGACGUCAGACAGGUAUUGGACAAUGUUACUUUCUCGUUGGAAUCAUUCGACAUUACGACAACACGGGCAAGUUUGCCCAUGUACUUGUUAGCGAGGUACAUUAAACAGAACACGGACACCACCGUCAUAUUCAGUGGCGAGGGGGCUGAUGAGCUGGCGCAGGGCUACAUCUACUUCAGAGACGCUCCGAGCGCAGAAGAAGGCCAUAAAGAGAGCAUCCGUCUGCUAUCUGACAUCUAUCUCUACGAUGGACUACGUGCGGAUAGAACCACAAGCGCUUUCAGUUUAGAACUCCGAGUGCCUUUCUUAGAUAUUCAGUUCACAAGCCACUAUCUGAGUCUGGAUCCGAAGUCACGCCAGCCCCAGAACGGUGUUGAAAAACAUUUGCUCCGAAACAGUUUUUCCAAGAGUGGAUUGUUACCUGAUUCCAUAUUGUGGCGACACAAAGAGGCAUUUAGCGACGGUGUAGCGUCAGUUAAGAAGUCUCUGUUUACAGUAUUAGAGGAAGUUAUCUCAGAACGAUUGCCGAAGGAGGAACAAAAGUUUAAAGGUCUCCAACCUACCACUACUGAAUCGACGUAUUAUCGUCAUGUGUUUGAGAAGUCGUUUGCAGGAUUAGAGAAUUUAACGCCAUACUACUGGAUGCCCAAAUGGGUGCAAGUAGCAGACCCCUCUGCGAGAUUUAUAAAACACUACGCUGCCACGUAGGUAGGUAAUUGCAAUAAAUAAAUAGCUAAUCAAUGACUUUA